CCCCGCGACAACGCAGCCGCUUCUCCCGCAUUCCAGAAGCUAAGCUGAGCUGAGCUGUUUCACAAGGGACUCAGAUAAAUCUCGCAACCAGUCUCGGUUUUUACCCAGAUCAAAUUCCUCACCUUGUGCACUCAUCUCAAUUCGAAACUAGCACAAGCUCUGAUUGGAAUUGGCCUCAAACAAUAUCAUUCCGACCUCGGCUUUCCGCCAAUAACCAACCUUUUUUUUUUUAAAAAAAAAAGGUGACGAUCACAACCAGAAAAAUCGCUACAAUGCGCUCCGUGACGAGGCCGCUGCUGCUCCUCGCCGCGGCAGCUCUCUGCUCUGCCAAGCCGCUCCCCAGAGAUGGUCUUCAUGAUCGCGGUUACUCAUAUCUCAUGCACCGAGGAUGCGACUCACCCUGUGGCUCCGAUAAUCAAUACUGCUGCGGCUCUGGCGAGACCUGCCAAACAUCAAAUGGAGUCGCAAACUGUGUCGCUGCGAAGGGAGGCUGGGUCGGCGAUUAUACUACUACCUGGACGGAGACCAGAACUUAUACCAGCACAAUCAUGACCCGCUGGGAGCCUGCUCCGGAGCCCACAAAGGGCGUUGACUGUGUGCCCAAGAACGAUGAGCAAGAAGCAUGCGGUGAGAUCUGCUGCGCUGGCUGGCAGACUUGCGCGUUCAUGGGUCAAUGUUCUGCAAAGCCUGGUUACGAGGAGCCCACCGCUGUUGUUAUUACCACUGAUGGAAAGAUCACCACCCAAUACUCGGCUCCUUACCGAGUCACUGGUACCACCACUAUCACCAACAGCGGCGCGCCCACUGAGUCCGAGACUGCAACUGAGACUGAAUCCGAGGCUUCUGCAACGGCCACCGAGACUAGCGAGGGCGCCGCAGCUGGCGAGACCGGAACUGGCGGUGGAGGCCUGAGUGCCGGUGCCAUUGCCGGCAUCGUCAUCGGUGUCAUCGCUGGUGUUGCGCUUCUCCUUCUUCUGUGCUUCUGCUGUAUUGCCCGUGGUCUCUGGGUUGCCCUCUUUGGCAAGAAGGACAAAGAGAAGAGCGAGCGCGUCGAUGUCUACGAGGAGCGAUACUCUCGCCACGGCAGCCGACCACCUCCUUCGGCCUCGGCCCACUCCCGUCGUCCUCGACACAAGGGCUGGUUCGGCAUGGGCCGUGGUUCCCCGUCUUCGGCCGGCGAUCGUCGUGAGAAGAAGUCGGAUGGCAAGAAGUGGCUCGGUAUUGCUGGUCUGGCGGCCACGCUUCUUGCUCUCCUCAAUCUCAAGAAGGAUAAGCGACCUGCGAGCACCAAGCCCGCGCGCUCAUCUCGAGGAUCAUCACGAUCGCGGUAUAGCGACUCUUAUUACUCAUACAGUGACUACACCAGUCCCACAGGCAGCUCAAGCUCAGGUGGACGAACGAACCGCACUCGUCGCACAAGAGACAGCCGAGCGAGGUCGUACUACUCCCGCGACAGCAGGCGAUGAAGCCUUUGAAUCCCCGCUCCUCAAGUUUUUAUCCCCAUUCGUCACACAUAUAUACUCCCCAUCCUGUACAUGUCUCUGCAUUUGACAUA